GCGGGACAAAUGUCAAUUUUCCCACUGGCAGAGAGUGAAGAAGUCCGUCAAAGCAGCAAAAAGGCACGAUGGCGAGAGGUGGUGGGAACCUGAGGAAAGUGGCGGAGUGCAUCAAACACUUUCCUUCUGCAGCCAGCCGGGAAACACACAUUAGGAACAGCGUAAGGUACCUGUCACCAUGUGGGGUCCUGAACACUCAUAUGGCCCCCCGGCCGGGUGCAGCCAUGGUGGGGCCCGUCGUCACGUUACCUGUCCGCAGCUUCUUCAACCUGGCCGACAGCUUCUCCAAGAGGAAGGAAUACUCGGAGAGACGAGUCAUCGGGUUUUCCAUGCAGGAGAUCUAUGACGUGGUGAACGGGGUGGAGAACUACCGCCUCUUUGUUCCCUGGUGCAAGAAGUCCGAUGUGGUGUUCAAGCGCGCCGGGUUCUGCAAGGCUAAAAUAGCUGUGGGCUUUCCACCUGUGAUGGAGAACUACACCUCCCUGGUCACCUCAGUACGCCCCCACCUGGUCAAGGCGGCCUGUUCCGAUGGUAAACUGUUCAACCACCUGGAGACGGUUUGGCGUUUCAGCCCUGGCCUCCCGGGAUACCCUCGUACCUGCACAGUGGAUUUCUCUAUCUCCUUCGAGUUUCGCUCCCUCCUCCACUCCCAGCUCGCUCACGUCUUCUUCGACGAGGUGGUGAAGCAGAUGGUUUCUGCGUUCAUGCGUCGCACCUCCAAGAUCCACGGAGCCGAGACGGCCAUCCCUCAAGAGCUCAUGUUCCACGAGAUCCACCACACGUAGCGCUGCACAAACACCGACACCAAAACAGACAGAAAACACAACGCCUAAUGCCAAAGUCAGGGAGAAAAUGUAGAGAGGACGAAGAGACUUCUAGUAUUUUAACUGAUAAACUGUCAUGCCUUUCUCCCAGCAACGACCAAUUUAAACCCCAACGUUUCCCAUUUCUCUCUUUUUAUACUUUUAAUACAUUAUAUCUUUUUGAUGUGGAUCCACCAGCUCAUUUUCAUCUUGGUGCUUAAAACAAGUGCAGACUUGCUUAUUUCAAUUAAUUUCCAUUAUGGGAAUUGAACAAUAGGUGCCUGGUUAGGAAACUUGAGAUCACGUGCUGUCGGUCAAGAUUAAAGAGAGUAUCUGAUCACAUCCUGCAACGAUUAGAUAAUAAUUGGCAACUUUUAAGAGCUGUUUCAUGCAAAAAUGUCCUUGUAAUAUAUCAGAGGGAAAGAUAAUGUAUUAAAAGUGUCUUGUUCUCUCUCAGUAACAAGAAAAUAUUCAAUGUAUGAGGAAGAAAACCCACAAAUAAGCAAUUUCUUUAAGCUGGAAACCGAACAUUUUUGCUUUAGAAAUGACUGAAACGCUUGCAAUUAUUUUCUAUAGAAAGACUAAUUAAUCAAAUGACUAAUUGGGUUCACCAAACACUGGUUAAAGCAACACAGGAGGCUGAUGAAAGCUUGUUUACUAAAGUGGAAACAAAGGGUUGAAGAUGUAGUUGGAGGUUACCUAUGGAUCUUGUUACAGAGGUUAAAGAAAUUGAGCGACAUUCAUCUUAACUAGAGAUGACGAGGUUUAUAUAAGCAGAAGCACGAACUACCAGCGGGUCCAGAUGGAUGAUAAAAACAUCAAUGCUUUCCAGUGAUUACCUGAGCGUGAAGGGCACAAAGCAACUAACGAAUUUAAUAUUUAAACUCCUGCUCCACCAGGCAAAGAAAAAGAACCUCAAGGGCUAAUAAACAAUAAGCUUCCACCUUCACCGUGUCACCACACAACUGUAUAUUAUAAGAAUAGGUCUCUGGAAUCAUGCAGUUAAGAUGUGUACAAAUGACUGCAGAUAGAUGUACUUCAUGUACUGUAAACUAUCAGAAAUACACACACCUUUUUAGAAAGGGUGCUGAACUUUUAUUUUUGCUUUAGUAGAAGACAGUGUUUAUUUCUUCUUUAUGUUACAUAUACUGAGCUCUCAACAACAUUUAGAGAGCAACGAUGGACAAGAUGUUGGUUCACACCACAUGCAAAGGAUAACUGAGGGAUAACUACAGUGUUAUUAACCUAAAAUAUAAUGAUUUUGCUGUAAUUCUUGUGCAGGAAAUGAAUCAAAACGAUGCCGAAUUAACUAUAUCUUGAUGCCAAUUUGCAAAAAGUCAAAAUGAAUGCUUUUUCAGGUCUGUUUGCGAGAUGGAAAAACAAGUACAUUUUAAAAUGUGUGUUUUCUAAAUGGAGUUUGGAUCGCUCAUGCUAGGCUAACAAAGUAGCUGCUCACUCGACACUUAUAACUUCUUAUAAAUUAGGUAUAAAUAAGAAAUACUUGUUAUUAAUUAUACACAUUCAUAUCUACAUACUGUUAACUUCUAAAGUAUAUAAGCUCCCUGGCAUUUGAGAUGUUCAUUAUUAUAUAAAGCGUUAUUUUCGCGGUAUAUUUCGCUCUUAAAUUGCAAAACGUACAUUGAUUUAAUGUAAAUACAUCAAGAAAGGAAAGCUAUGCAUUUGGUGUGAACAGACCACUACAAUUAAAGCUAAUUAUACGACAAAGUGUGCAAUAUCAGUCGUAUAUGUUACUUUUAAAUGCAAUUAAUGCUGAAAAUGCAUUACUCACUGUCAGUCAUGACACCUCCAGCUGUGCCUCCUAACAACAUAUUUAUCUGUUUAUUUUUUAGACAUUAUACUCAUUUUUAUCAUAUUUAUUAUCUAGUUUAAGUGUAAAUGUUGGUUUGAAGAACCUAAAACACUGCUUUUAAAUAGAAAUGGGUGUGUGUGUGUGUGUGUGUGUGUCAUGAGAGGGGGAUGUAAAUGAUGUUUGUGUCUUCAGAAAGAUGUACCAACUGCAUGAUUUAUAAACUAUUUUUUCAACAAAACCAAAA